AUGGCCCCGGCCCGCUUAAAGGCGGCGGCCGCCGCGCCGCGGGCAGAGCUAGGAGCCUGUCGUGGCCGCCGCCGGCCCGGAGCCGGCGCGAAGAUGCCCCGGGGCUUCCUGGUGAAGCGCAGCCGGCGGCCCACCCCCGUGUCCUACCGGGCGCGCUGCUGCCGCGAAGCCGCCGCCGGUCCGCCGCUCCCCGCCGGCGCCGCCCAGCCGCCCGCCUGCCCCGCCGCUCCGCCGCCCCUGCCGCGGGACUCGCCGCCGCCGGUGCCGUUCGGGACGCCCGAUGCCGCCGUGCAGGCGCUGUACAGCCCCACGCGGCCUGUCAGCAGGGACAAGUACCUGGAGCGCGGCUUCAGCCUGGGCUCGCCCGUCUCAGCCGAGUCUUUCCCUGCGCCGGCCGUGCCCGGCACCAUGGACCCGAUCCUCUUCGCCCCGGCUGACCUCAAGCUCUGGGCCGCUGCUGGCCACGCCGAGCCGCCCGCCGCCCACCCCGGCCCCGGUGGAGUCCCCGCGCCGCCCGCCCCGGCCGCGCCGCCUGCCUCGGGCCGACCGCUGCCCGCCAAGCGCCCGCCGGGUGCCUCCGAACCUGGGCGGCAGAAGGCCCCGUCGGGCAAGAAGACGAAGGCCAUCCGCAAGCUGACAUUCGAGGACGAAGUGACCACCUCGCCCGUGCUGGGUCUGCGCAUCAAGGAGGGCCCGGUGGAGGUGCCGGCCAAGGCACGGGGCGGCUGCGCCCGUCCGCUGGGCGAGUUCAUCUGCCAGCUCUGCAAGGAGGAGUACGGAGACCCCUUCGCGCUGGCGCAGCACCGCUGCUCCCGCAUCGUCCGGGUGGAGUACCGCUGCCCCGAGUGCGACAAGGUCUUCUCCUGCCCCGCCAACCUCGCCUCCCACCGCCGCUGGCACAAACCGCGUCCGCCCGCCACCAAGAGCGGCCCCGAGGCGGGCCGGGCACCGGCCGCGGGCCCUGGCCCUGCUCCGGCGGAGGAGACACCGAAGGAGGCGAGCGGUGGCAGCGGCAGCGAGCGGGACACACCGAGCCCUGGCGGAGCCUCGGAGGCGGGCUCCGAGGAGGGGCUCUUCGAGUGUCCCCGCUGCGCCAAGAGGUUCCGCCGGCAAGCUUACCUGCGCAAGCACCUGUUGGGGCACGCUACACCGGCAUCCACGGCUGCCCCGGUACCCGCACCGGCCCCGGAGCCCAGCGCCGAGGAGCUGCCUGCCACCGAGUGCCGCCUCUGCCCCGUCUGCGGGGAGACCUUCCCCAGCAAGAGCAGCCAGGAGCGGCACCUGCGCCUCCUGCACGCCGCCCAGGUCUUCCCCUGCAAGUACUGCCCGGCCACCUUCUACAGCUCUCCCGGCCUCACCCGGCACAUCAACAAGUGCCACCCCUCGGAGAACCGGCAGGUCAUCCUGCUCCAGGUGCCGCUGCGCCCUGCCUGCUGA